GACGUCUGCGAAAUGAAGUCGGCGUGUUGCAGUUUUCCUCACAGAAUGGAAGUAGACGUGGAGGCGAUAAGGACUAAACGCGCUUGACCUGGCGGGAUAUUCAACACGUUUUCUUUUUGCCAUUUUUCCAGCAAAGGUGGUAGUUACAACGAACUCUGAGGCUGCUCAUCUCAUAGUGCCCCCGUAUGGACGAUGAGGAGGAUGAUGUGUUUGAGCCAGACCCACGCUGCUGGCGCACAGCAUUCAGGGAGAUAAAGUGCGAAGACCGGGGCACGCAGACGCCUGGCCCUGUCCUGGUGCCCAACAACGGCAUGCUGCCCUGUGGAGUCGCAGAGGAACCCAGACCACUCUUCUACGGUAACGCAGGUUUUCGAUUGCACUUCCCGGCACACUUUGAGCUUGUGGGGGAUCACCGAGUGAGGCGGAGAGAAAGCGAAGAGCAGCAGAACGGGAUGGAUCAGCUGCCCCGGCAGCGGCCUGCGGCGCAAAGCGUGGAGGCUUGCAUCGGACAGAAGCUCCAGCUCAUAGGAGACCAGUUUCACCGGGAACACCUGCAACUGUAUCACCGAAACCAAAGGAACCAGGGGCCGCUGUGGUGGCGCCUGGCCACAACCCUCCUCAGCCUUCUGUUUGAUCGGGGCGUCAUCGCCGGAGGAGGAGGAGGCGGUGCGGGACGGAGGUGAGGGGAUCCUCCUCCCACUCGCGUCCCUUUUCUUCAUCUCUGUGAAGAACUGGACUCCUAAAGACACUGUCGAAUCUAACACGGGUCUGUUCGGGGGGAGACGAGAAGGAAGGAGACGGAAACAAGGUCACCGCGGGACGGAGACAACCAACUUUUAUACAAGGUCGUGUGUUUUUUCCUUCCGAGAAGAUGCCAUGAUGCUCCUGAGAUUCCUCCGAAAGGACAAUGUUCAUAUAUUUGGCAUAUGUGUGGUGUAGUAGUUUUGUACAGUUCAUAGUUCUUGUUAAAUUUUUUGCACUUCAGCAUGUAUCCAUCUUCAAUGACCUCCACAGACCCUGGGAAUGCCUUAUUCAGUGUCUUCUGCCAGAAAGAGUAUUGAGAGAGUUUUCGUUUUUUCGACAGGCAAGAUGAGAUGGUUAGGAAAUGGAAGGAAGUUCGGUGUGACGCUUUCUUUUCUGAAGUUUCCCAGGUGACCAGUCAAGUUGAUUUACUAACUUCCAAAGAGGGCGACUUCUCUGAACAAAGCAUUUUGCACCUCACCUCAAUGGAACAUUUAUCUUGUCUUAUUUUUUUUUUUUCUUUAUUUUUGUGUAUAUUUUCCUCACUCCCCCAUUUUCAGUGGUAUGGCUGUAAGUUUGAACACAAUCCCACUUCAUCAAAAAAAAAAAAGGAGACAAAGUUAAGAAAAAUGAAAAACUUUUCAUAGUUGGCCAUAAACCAUUUCCUAAAAUCUUAAAAUGUGCACAAAUUAUGGAGUCAAACCUGUUCUUUAGUCAUGUGCUCCAUGUCAAACAUUGAAGACUUGGCGAUUGCCUCACGAGUAUCUGGGUGGAGUUUGUUGUUGCUGAAAAUCUCAAUCUGGUUAAACAAGAGUGGCGACUGCCAGCAAGCAUGCCGAGCAUCAACACAAAAAUUAAAAAACAAAGAUAAAAUAUAUUUAAUUAGCUGCCAGGAGGGCAUGAACUGACAUCCAGAGAGCAGAAACAAAUGACAGUGAUUAGUCUGUUAACAAGAAUUAAAUCAAUCUUUAUGUAGAUUAACAAAUGAAUUGAUCUAAUCCCUCCAGUUAGUGGUUUUAUUGAGCUUUUCUGCCAUGAAUUGGUAAUAAUCACACCGAUUAGCCAUAAUAUUAUGACCAGUAAAGUCCGACUCUUUGUUAUGUUAGUCGGUUGGGGCAUAUUAGGCAGCAAAUGAACAUUUUGUCCUCGAAGUUGAUGUGUUAGAAGAAGAAAAAAAAUCGGAAUUUCAACUGGUUUGGCAAGAAAAUCAUGCAGGCUAGACAACUUCAUCACAUCAUCUUUCAGGCUGCAGUUACUUUGUGGUUUUCUUGGCAACAAAACCCAUCAACGCACACACCUUCAGAAGUGUAGUAGAGUUCACACAGUAUCAGACAGAUCAUGGUGUUUAGGCUGAAUGCCACGUGGAGUUAUGAAUUAUCUCACUGCUACUGGGUAUGUUAAUGGAUAAGUGAUUUCUGAGACGUAACACACUGAAUUUAAAUUACAGUGCAUCGACUGUUCAAGGUCCUCCCUUUAUGCUCUAUAUAUUACAGAAGUAAGAAAUUCUCCCCUUCCAAAAAACAAAAAAUCAAACCAAGUCUUCCAUCUGAUUGAAUUUUGACUUCACCAGGUCUUCUGUUCUUACAUCGGCCCCGCUCCCACUUUCUUUUAUUGUCGGUGUGUCCUCGUCAUGUGAUUGUUUUCAGACCUCCAUGCCCUUGAAGUGGAGCUGUGGAUCCACUGUUUUUGCACUAGACUUCCGCCCUUCAGGAGUCCAGAGCGUUACCCAGCUAACCUCUGUCCUCUCCGAAGGUUCUCAGUUACGACUCGCUUUUUUUUUUUUUUUUUCGCCGGCCACAUUUCAGAUGUAUUCAUUCACACGUCCAAGACAAACAAUCAGUGUUGACACCUGACUGAACACAGUCUGGAAUCUGGAAAAAAAAAAAAAAAAUUCUACCGGUUUUGGAUAUUUCACUCACCAGUGUUUGAGGCUGCGGUGGACUUGCUUGUAGAGUUGGGUGUUGGAGCCACGUGCCUGGUUUGCUUUUCACAGCCCCAGUGUGUGUUCUGGACACCAAACAAUAUGGCGUAACCAAUCUGUGAAACAGAAUCUCCUCCUCUCAGGCUACCUUUAUGGGCUUUUUUUACAUCAUGUGAUAUUCUGUGGGGUGAUCUUUUAUUGUCUUUGGUGCUCAGAUCCAGAUUUGGGACAUCUUAGCCUAUAACCACCACUGACUCAGCAGACAAACAGUCUCUGAAAUUAAAGUGAUAAAGACUGUAAUUUUUUUCUUUUUUUUUUUUGUUGGAAUAUGAAUAUGUUUAAAAACACUGUUGAAGAUGCUGUUUGUUAUGUGUUUGUUUUGUUUGUUUCUUCCAAUGCUGAACCCAGGCCAACUUUUGGACCCAAGGAGCAGUACAUAUCAGGGGUCUGUAAUUACAUGCUCCUUACAAUGUGUCAAGUUUAUCACUGCGUAAAUUCGGGGUUUUCCUUUCUCAUUUUUUCUCUCGAGAUGUCUCAGGGACUUUGCGGGCUACUGGUAACCUUGAGAAUCUGUUACAUGGUUAGGAGAUGAGUAGCGUCGUCACCCGUGGACUCGCGACGAGGCCUCCCGGGGAACCGCCAGUUGGAAAUUCCUCUCAGCUUUUUCUCUCUCGGCGCACACACACACACACACACACACACACGUAAAUAACUAAAGGUACAGUUUGACUGAGGAGUGUGAGGCUGGCUUGCUGGCCGUGGUGGUGACGGGCGUCUACUGAGUUUGUAGUCACAGGCGUGUGAGGUGCACUGAAUGUGGUUGUGGUUAUAGUUUCCUGCGGGUCCUGAACGCUGAGCCAGUCCGUGUAGCGCCCCGUCUCACCACCGGCUCCUGACUUCCUCUUUGUGCUGCUCCUUCCUGACAUGGUUAUUGUUCAUCGGUUCAUCAUUUUCUUUGUAAUUUAUUUCUUCCUAUUUUUUUUUUUUCUCUAUUUAUUUUUGGUAGAUUUGCCCAUUUCUACUGUAUACACCUGUGUGUGCAAUUACUUCUUAUUUUCCCGUUUGUUUUUUUUUUUUUGUGUAUGGAUCAGCUGUUUGUCUCUGCAGAGUAUCGUGCCUGAUUUCAAAAUGAAACUCCACCCAAAUGCUGCUUCAUUGGUGUCAGCCAGCAGCUUGAAUUGAUGCAGUUGCGUUUCACUUCAGUUGUGAAUGAAUUCAUGAUCACCGAGACUGCUUGGAAAAUGAAAAAAAGAAAAGAAAACUCCAAACUGCCGUUUAAGCCUACAGGGGUGGGCGUUUGAUACUAAAGAAAAAUACAGUAUUUGGGUGGAGUAUUUCACUAUUCAAGGUUGUGAUUUUCUAGGGAUGGGCCAAUCCAAUUCAGACCUUUGUGAUUACGUUCCACCACCUCCAGAAGCGCGACCUUCCCACAGGACGCGAUCGAUGAAUCACCACCUAUCCUAGAAACCCUCAGACAAAAAAAAAAACAACAAAAAAACGUUGCCUUCAGACUGUCCACCAGUCACAGGAUGUUCGCUCAUGUGUUCAAUUCUUUAAUCUUAAUCAUUGUGUUGUAAUCAAUAUGCACUGGAAAGUACUUUGUUCUCUGUAGAUCCCGUUGGUCUCUUCUCUGUCGUGUGUUAAUGUAUAGUAUGUACUCUGGAUCGUUCUCCUGGGCUCGUCUUGCCAUGUGUCAGCCGUAUAUCUGUGCGUCGACCAAGUAGGCUCAGGUGCGACGGCCCGUUUGAUUUAUUGGAAAGGGAAACAAGCCACCAUGGUGCCCUGUAUCGUUUUCUUAGAAUGAGGUUCCCAAACUGCCCUCGUCACAUUAUUUGUGAGUGCAGAGGAUCCCUAGAGUGGGAGACGUGUAUUUUAUGGAAACCGUCAGUGUCUUGAAUUUUAUAGUCCACAUUAUAUAAAUUUGAAGGUUUUUGAUUUUGAUUUUUUUAAAUAACAUUUCUUCUUCGUGGUCUUUCCUAACUUUUUAAAUUGUAUUUUCUUAAGAAAAAAAAAGGGGGGUCUGCUUUUGUAAGGACAGCUCAAGCUUGUAAAAUAAUUUUUUUAAUACGAGUAGGAUCCUUUUUUGAAGUCCAUGAGAUCAAGAGCGUUUUCUUUUCUUGUCUUUUUUUUUUUUUUUAUUUUAGCAGAAAUGAACCUGCAGACAUUCCUUGCACAUCUUGCCGUGAUGUAUACACAAACACCAAGCAAACCAAAACUUCUCAUGGUUGUGGUUGUUUUCAGAUUACAUGUACAUGUGUUUCUAAAAAAAAAAAAAAAAAAAACUUAAAAAACAAAUUAAAAAAAAAACCCUGGAAUAUGCCUUUAACUGCUCAGUUUCAAUGAAG